GUCAGUCUGCUGAAGUUAAACUGGUGGACAGAUUGGAGAGAGGUAUUUUAUAGAGAAUGCGAAGAGGAGCCAACUGCAGCUGGAUCGGGCAUGAGAUCCCGCUGUCAUCAGAAAUCUUCAGUGCCAUUAAAGAUGAGCUGUGGCUCUUCCUCAUCCCGGCCGGCCUGGCUGUCAUCAUACUGGGGGUGUUUCUAGAGGAGGUGGGCUUCUUCCUGCGACAUGUUCCAUCCUCCAGACGGAAACGCCUCUACCUGUGGAUAUUAGGAAUGUACCCGGUGUUUGUCUUGACCUCCCUUAUAGCGCUAUAUGUGCCACGCUCUUCCUCACUGUGUAAUUUCAUUGCUUCACUAUAUCACUCCAUCACCUUGCUGAAAUUUAUGGGACUGAUCACAGACUUCUUUGGGGGGAAAAGUCGUAUGCUGGCUGCUCUGUCUGGACAGCAGGUAUCUCCAGAUCCUUUCCCCUGUUGCUGCUGCUGCUGCCUCCCUAUGGUGGCCGUCAACAGCAGCAGCCGUUGCUGGAUGAUGGUGGCUGUGCUGCAGCUCUCUGUUGUCCGCAGCAUCCUGUUCUUCGUCACUCUGGUCCUGUGGACGGAUGAACAGUACGACUACGGAGAUGUGGAUUCGGUCAACCCUAACCUGUAUGUGAACGGCAUCAUAGGCGUGUCAACCUUUGUGUCCUUCUACGGCCAUCUCCUGUUUUACAAAACCACCAAGAGUGCUUUACAUGGUUACGGACUGAGGGCCAAGUUCAUCUGCAUUAUCCUGGUUCUGGUGCUGUGUGGCCUGCAGAGUGGCAUCUUGGAGACCAUGGGUGCUCUGGAGGUUAUCCCCUGCACACCACCCUUCUCUGUCCUGACAAGGUCCCAGCUGAUUUACCACUACUGUGUGAUUGUGGAGAUGUUCUGCAUCGGUCUGUACGCCCGCCACACUUUCCGUAAGGUGGAGCCGAGCAUGGUGGAGGACGUGGAGUUCCCGGUCAGUCGCUGUCAGCUGGAGAAGGCCGUUCAGACAGAGGAUGUUCAGAUGACACAUCAAAGACCUGGCCUGCCAGCAGAUGAUGCCUGGCCAGGCGGCUGCCUUUUCUCCGCCUCCAAUCCUGGGUACAACAGCGACAGCGAGGACAGCCUGUGCAGGAUAGAGCACGCUCCUCUGGAUGGUUUCCCCUUCCCUUCUGCUACAGGUCAGAAGCCGGUAAAGCCCAGACCUGCAGACACAACUGAGCUAGAUGUGAACCACAUAACAGUCAGUGCUGAUAUUAACUAUCAGGAGUCUAAGGAUGUUACUAUGGUUUGA